UAGGAAAUGCUGGUCACAAGAAAGAGCUUUAUCUUCAACGGCCCGACUUCUUAUCCGUUUGUGAGGAGAAAUGGCAGAAAUUUUGGAAUCUCAAUGGCUAAGAAGAAAGAUUUGUCUGAUAAUUCCAGAGCCCAGCAAGAAACCAUUUUCCCAUUGAAAAUCUCCGCCCCAAUUCUUGCUCGCUCUGUUGUGGCCGUGCUUGGGCUGGGAUUCAUCGAUGCUGGGUACAGUGGAGACUGGUCAAGAAUUGGAGUGAUAUCAAAGGAGACUGAGGACUUGCUAAAGCUUGCAGCUUUUGCAGUUGUUCCUCUGUGUAUCUUUCUCAUUUUUUCUUUCACCAGGGAAUCAGAAGCUUGAUUUUUAUUUAUUUAUUUAUUUUUAUUGAUAUUUGUGUGAUUUUGAAUGGGAAAUUGAAAUG